CGAAUCAACAGGAAAACACAUUUGUUGGCGCCACUUUUCAAGCUUUCGUUGCGUCCCUCUCCAGCUUCACUAACGUUUGCUGAAAAUGUCGGCAGCGACCGAAAAUACGUUUCCAAUGUACAAUGCGGACGCAUUGAUAACCUUUUUUCGUACCGAGGUUCUGACUGAGCAGGAGGCGAAACACUUCACCAAGGGUGACUUGGUUCCACUUCCGAAGCCAGAGUCAGUUCAGGCUCUUUAUAUGCGAGUCUUGCAGCCUCUGUAUCCUUUCAGACCGGAGUGUAAUUCCAUGAUUCCACUGGCGGAGAAUUUUCAGAAUCCUGAAUUUCAUGAGGGGUCAACGGCCAUAUUAAAUGUCCACAUGCGCAUGUGCCAGUUUCUGCCCAUGUGUCUGGUUUUUGACUUUUCAUUGAAUGAUCUUCUAAUGCCAAAAAAGCAGAGGACUCUCACCAUCCUGAGUGCGAUCAUGAACUUUCUCCUCUUCAGAAAACGCAGGAUGGGGGUGGUCUGGGAAAAGCAGAGCAAAUUUAGAGCGGACACCGAGCGGCUGCAGGCCUAUAUGAGAGACAACCAGGAAGCUGAGAGGAAAAUCAACAUCCUCAGGACCAUUCCUCCGGAGCAGCAGGCUGAGGCCAAUGAGCUGGCUGCGGCGCUCGCCGAGCUUCAGACUGCCACCACGCAUGAAUACAAGGAAGUGGGGUCCAGAAAAGAAAGCAUCGCAGAAUGGAAGGCCGGGAUCGCAGAAAUGACUCAGAAGCUGGCCCAGAUGAAGGUGGAUGUGAGCAACAUGAAGGACGUCAUCUCCAAUCUCAAGUCCCAGAUUGUGGAGUCUCCGGAGGAACUGAAGAGCCAAAUGGAAAAAAUGCGAGAAAGCGUCAAGACCAUUAAGCUCUCUUUUGAGCAAACUGAUGAGCGUGUGGUGGAGCUGCAGACCAUGGCACAAAGCGUGACCCAUGCUGAGUUGGAGGUCCAGCAGAUCAUGAGCUUCCUGCAGGACCUGGAGAGCAGCAUGAACAAGUGCAAGCAGCGGCAGGAGGCGAACCAAGAGCAGAUGACUGACAUUGAAAACAAACAGAAAGAGCUGAAGAACCUGAGAGUGCAGGAGGGACAGCUGAAGAGGGCUCUCGGAAUGAAGCUGGACAAAGAGUCCAAGCAGAACAUUAGACGGCAGAAGAAGCGAGAGAUGAAGGACCAUCAUGUUGAAGAAAGUUUGAGGCACUGUAACCAAAUCCAGCAGAAGCGAGAGGAGAUGGCCGACAAAAUCCAGGAGAUCUGCAGAGCCACACAGCAGCUGAAGGCGAAGAUCAAGAGCCUUCAAGAGGUUUGCAGCGAGGAAACCCAGAAAGCUCAGAUUCUCUACGACACAGUGAAAGCUUCCAUGAAAGAUUUACAUCAGAGGAUUCAGUCUAACGUCCUCGAUGUGAAGCAGAUGAUGAGCAAGAAGGCACCGGACUGCUAAUCCCUUAGAUUUGUUUGUGUUCUGAUUUUCCUUUUGGAAAAGCAUGUAUUGCACAGUUAUCAUAUAAUUGUUCUUUUAUGUUCUGCUGUUAUUCCUUGCUGUCUAACCCUCUACUGCUUAUUGUUGCCCGAGGAGCCUUUUUUAAACUUUCUUUUUAUUGAAUUUUUUGCAUCAGUAAUUUACAAUAAUACAAAUAUAGACCUUACAAUAAUACAGUACAAUGAUAGAAUAAACAUGAUACAUUUCACCAAACCAAAGCAGAGUCCAAGUCCGAGAAAUGUCCACAUAAAUCAAGAAACGGCUUUCAUCAUUUAAGCAAGUCUACGCUAGUAAGUCAGUCAUUCUAUCUGAUAGAUUUCCAUUACUUUGUCAAGCCACGUCUGAUAGGUUGGUGGCUCAGGUUUUUGCCAUUUGCCAAUUCCAGAGGUAGAUGUUUGCCCUUCCCCCAAUACCCACAGGAAUCAACCCAAUACUGCUGUUUUAUAAUCUUUUGCAACAGCUCCACCGAAUGACCUAUUGAGGAACUUGAAAAUGUCCAAAACAGUUUCCGGCAUGUGUGAUUACCCAUGUGUGUUCCACAAUUCCUCCAGCAAGUGUUCGGACCAGUCCUAUUCAGUUUUGCAACCACCUCUGGUGGCAGAAAAAAUCUUGUGACAGCUUUCCAUUUGAACUCCCGCCAUAUAUUUGCAUUAGUGACACGAUGUGCUUCCAUGCAUAUUUGUCCCCAGGUUUCAGUUGAUGUUUCCGUAUUCAAUUCCACCUUCCAUCUUGCUUUAAUGUUUGAUGUGUUUGUGAUUGCAGUCCAAGUUCAAAAAUAUUUGGUAAAUUCGACCAAUUACUUUCACCUUUUUGAAUAUUUUCCAUAAGUUGUUCCACCAUGUUGGGUUCCCUAAAUUUGGGCCAGUUUUUAUGAUUUGAUAUAAAGCUUCUCAGUUGUAAUUACCGACAGAAUGUUUCUUGCUACUGUUCGAAGGUAUGAAAGUUCCCUUCCUUAUGAAGCUGGUGUACGUACUUUGGGGUGUAAGGACAACAAAACAAAGGAGGUUAUUAUGGACUUCAGGAGAGCAUCACGAAAUUCCUGGGUGUGCACAUCUAUGAAGACCUGCUCUGGAACAUCAACACCACAUCAUUGGUCAAAAAAAGCUCACUAGCAUCUGUUCUUCCUGCGAAAGCUAAGAGCUGGAGUGGUUCUACAGAGGCACCAUAGAGAACAUCCUGACCAGCUGCAUCACGGCUCUUGCUCUGACUCCUGUCGUGAGAGCGGCUGAGAAGAUCGUUGGUGUCCCCCUCCAAUCCCUUCACACCUACCACUAAAAUAUUUUUGUCAAAGAGACCAUAAACUGCUAGCUGUACAAUGAACAUCACUUCAUAGUGGACACAUGUUGUUCACAAAGAAACGUAGGACUUCUCAGUGUGAAGUGUUCUUUGUAAUAACUAC